CCCGCCUCCGGGAAGCGGGCGGCCGCUCUGCCCCUGGGCGCUCGAUGGUGCGCGGCCCCGCCCGCUUCCUGUUGUUCCCGGACUCUCUUCCGGGUUGGGGUUCCGGAGAUUUGGCCAAAGCUGCGCCCGGUUUAUAAAGAGCUGUUGAAGCUUGAUGAUGUCUGAAGAUGAAGAAAAGGUUAACCUGCGUCGCCUUGAGCCAGCGAUUCAGAAGUUCAUUAAAGUUGCCGUCCCAACAGAUCUGGAGAGGUUAAGAAAGCAUCAGAUAAAUAUUGAGAAGUAUCAGAGAUGCAGACUGUGGGACAGGUUACAUGAAGAGCACAUCAAUGCCGGCCGUACGGUUCAACAGCUGCGAGCAAAUAUCCGAGAGAUGGAGAAGCUCUGCCAACGGGUCCGGAAGGAAGACCGCCAUGCUUUGGAGAGGAUGAUCAGCCCGGUGAAAGAGCAGGCGUCGGUGGCCAUCAGGGAAUUUCUGCAGCUCCACUUGGAGUCUGCAGAAGAACUGAAGAGGCAAUUUAAGGAGAAAGAGGCGUUGCUCCAGUCCCCUUUAACCAGAUCAAUCACCGUCGGAGGGGAAACCUUUUACGAUGCCAGCAACGAAGGAAUCUCUCAGAGUUACAUCCAGACGUUCUCCCCUCUCCCCGAAAUCCCCCAGGAUCAAAACGCGGCAGAAUCGUGGGACAUGCUUGAAGAGGACUUGAUUGAGCUCAGCAACCUGGUGACUGACUUCUCUCUGCUAGUUAACGCUCAGCAGGAGAAGAUCGACAGGAUUGAGGAUAACGUCAGCACGGCUGCCAUGAAUGUCGAAGAGGGAACCAGGAAUCUGUCCAGGGCUGCCAAAUUCAAGCUGGCCGCCCUGCCUGUCGCUGGCGCUCUCCUUGGCGGAGUCGUGGGGGGUCCUAUCGGGCUCCUGGCCGGUUUCAAAGUGGCCGGCCUUGCUGCCGCGCUUGGCGGCGGAGUUUUGGGCUUCACGGGUGGGAAACUCAUCCAGAGGAAGAAGCAAAGGAUGAUCGAAGACCUCUCGGCUCCCUCCUCCUGCAGCUGCCCAGACCUCCCCAGGCAAAGCGACUGAGAAUGUAGCUGAAGGGGGGGGGGGCUCCUCUGCCCCUCUGCCUCACCGAGGCUGGUGAGCCCCCUGCCUCCGCUUUGGAUUCCCCUUGUGCCCGACGGACUUGGAAGAGGAGAGCAGCCCCGGCAGCGUUUGGAAAUGGUAACCCUGAGCACCUACCUCUCUCCAUUCGGGGCAGGGAAGUCUCGUCCUUCCAUUUUGAAAACAGAGCCCAAGGGGGGAAGCCAGAGGCAGGUCAGAAGGCGUGUGCCAAAGGAACACCUUUCUUGUCCGAGAGUUCACAAGACACCUUUUCCUGGAGAAACAGAAGAGGGAGAUUUUAAGUCGUAAAUGGUUUGGUGCCUGGUCCUCUGACAUGGUCUUCUCUGCGAGUGUACACAUAAAUGUCUCCUUCGGGGUUCUUUGCGGUGGAAUCCUUGGCCUAAGUUUGAAGUUCAAAGCCUGGACUUGCUUCAUACACCAGCCUGUUUGGCUCAGGGGAAGUAACUGACCCUCUCCUUUGCCCAAGUGCUGCAUUCUUGAGAUAUAUAUUUUUUUAAGGUUCAGACUUUCCUAAAACUUAACCUUUCGGGGCUUUAAGGCAGGAGUCCUGCGCUCUCUCUCUCUCUCUUUUUAAAGUGUUGCUUUUAGGAAAAUCGGAACUGUGCUUUGCAAACAAAUUUUCACAGUGUUUCAGGUUCUCUUCAGAAGUAUCGUGCUAUCGACCACCAAGUGUUGAAGGACUCUGUGGUGGCCAAAUUUCUGGAUAUAUUGGACAGGACGCUGAUCUCCCACAAUCCCCUUUCCCCAUUGCCACAUCAGCCGAAUUCUGAUGGGAGGGAAUCAAAUAUGAGCCAAAGAGGACGCCAUACUGUGCCAUUGCUCUGCUGACAAUUGAUGUUUUGCUGGAUGUUGAGUUUUCCGAAACCGAAGCUGAGGGUUUCCCUUUUUAAGUGCUCCAACGUUUAUAAGUAAAGUUUGAUACGUGCUUAAAAGGAGUUCCGUUUUUCUCCGGCACAAAGAAGUCUUAAUGCAGCCUCUGAAGGUGAUGUUUGUGCCCCUUGGGUGGCAGGAUGGGUCCCCUUGAAAUUCUCUCUCAUCAAGGUUUGUGUCUUACCUGAAGGCCAAGACCUGUGGCUUCUUCGUUCCUUUGACAUUGGACUUGGGACUUCAACAUUGUGGUCUGGCCUGUACAGAACAGUAUACAGGAGAUUAGGAUUCUGGUGCCAGUGGGUCACUCUGUUGUGUGGGUCGCAAGCGGCACCCUCCACAUGAAAACCACUGCUCAAUAUUUUGGACUGGCCCACCUAAACCCAAAGAUGGUGGCGGUGAGGUUGUGGGGAACGCCUAUUAUACGCCAUUUGUUAAGCGGAGCAGCAAAUUGUUUUAAUUAAAGCGGGAGUUCUUAAUGACAUGGGAAAUAAAAACCAUUU